GGAGAAGUAGAGAUGGGUGAAGAGACGAGUGGUUCCCUAGGCGACGCUCGAGCUACGAUGUGACCUAGCAGCAUAAGGGCAAAUACAAAUAAAGAAGAGCGGGUUACUAAUAACAACAACAACAAGUGGAUGGGUUUGUGGUUACUUAGGAAGUUGCAAACUUUGAACACAACACCAUAACCGCUUACCAAAACCGCUAGCUAUUAGAUGAUCAUUCAAAGGAAAAGACGGUGUUAGUAAUUACUACUCGCAUAUCCAUAUCUGAUAUCCAUAUCCAGAUCGAUAGAUACUCAUACUACUGUUACUUUGUAGGGUCCCUCCCUUCCUCCUCUGUCUCACUGGACUUACAGUACUGUUCUAACCGUACUCUGACCCCCUUUAGUGGCAUAGAUUGAGGUGGUACUUAUUCAUAUUUUCCUAUUCUUUCCUCUCCUAACUCCUAACAACACAACACAACACCCUUUCUCUUUCUCUUUCUCUUUCUCUUCUCAACCAUACCUCAAUCUCACACCUACUGUACUCUAUUCCUCUUCUUCUUAGAUGUGACUCACUUUUUUCAAUUUUCUUUUUUCUUUUUGUGUGGUUAGGGUUUACAUGCAAAAAGCACACAUUUCUUUCAACCCUUGAUUUUAUCAUCAUCAUCAUCAUGCAGUAACAAAAAAUAUAUCUUUUUUCUUCUGAGAUAAUUAAGAUAAGGUUUUGAUUUUACCGAUUCAGCUGCAGAGUUAGAUAGAUCUGAGUUUGGAGAUUCAAACAAACUUGAUAUUUAUAAAUCUGAAGAUGGCGAAUAAUUGGUGGACUGGGAAUGUAGCUAUGAGUCAAAGAGAAAGUAUGCCAUCAUCUCCAUCAUCACUUCAUCUCAAAAGAGAACAAGAACAAGCGGAAGAAAACAGCAAUAAUAGCAGCAACAACAACACAAACGAAGAUGAAGAAAACAACAACAACAACAACAACAACGUUGAUGAACAAAACCCUUCUGAACCAGGUAGCAGUAGCCGCCGUCCACGUGGCAGACCACCAGGUUCCAAAAACAAACCAAAACCACCCAUCGUUAUAACCAAAGAAUCCCCCAACGCUCUCAGAAGCCACGUCUUAGAAAUCAUCAGCGGUAGUGACGUGGCGGAGAGCAUAGCCGCCUUCGCUAACCGCCGACACCGCGGUGUGUCCGUCUUAAGCGGGAGCGGCAUUGUUGCUAAUGUAACGCUUCGACAACCGGCUGCUCCCGGUGGUGUUAUUACUCUUCAUGGAAGAUUCGAGAUACUCUCGCUUUCCGGCGCUUUUUUGCCGUCUCCUUCGCCGCCUGGAGCCACCGGACUUACUGUUUAUUUAGCCGGUGGUCAGGGACAGGUUGUCGGCGGUUCUGUGGCGGGUUCUUUGAUUGCCUCUGGACCUGUUAUGGUUAUUGCAGCUACUUUUGCUAAUGCUACUUAUGAAAGGUUACCAUUGGAAGAUGAACAAGGUGAUGAACAAGAAAUGGAAGUGCAGCAGCAGCAACAACAAUCUGGUGUGAAUUCAGCAACUAUUGCAGCAGCAGCAGCAGUUACUUCUUCAUCUCAAGUUUUGAAUGAACAACAGCAACAUUUACAACAUCAGGUUUCAAUGCCUAUGUAUAACUUGCCACCCAAUUUGAUACAUAAUAGUCAUCCAAUGUCUCAUGAUGUGUUUUGGGGUGCACCGCCUCCUCGACCUCCUCCUCCUCCUUUCUGAGUAAAGGAGGAGGACGAAGUCUGUUAAUCAUGUUUGAUCUUUCUGACUACUUGUUUUGUGCAGUGUGACUGUUUCUGUUGUAAGAAUAUAUAUAUAUAUUUAGCAAUGUUAGGACUUAGGAUAUGUUUUGUCGAUUUGUUUGUUUUGUUUGGCUGUAAGAAAAUUAUCUUUAGAUAAUAUUGUACUACGUUGUUUCUUUUUA